GGCACAAGAUCACGGGCUCUCAUGACGGAAGCCCAAUCUCUGCUUUCGUGGGCAGAGGCCAACCUGUUGUCCCUAGAGGCCGAACACCUGCAGGGCCAGCUCAACACCACAGCAGAUUGGCUGAGCCGAACCGACAUAGACCAGGGAGAGUGGAGCCUUCACCCGGAGGUCUUCCAGUCCAUAAUAGAGACGAUGGGCCACCCGAUCCUGGACCUGUUCGCGUCCCCUGCCAACGCCAAGACUCCCAGGUUCUUCUCAAGGUUCAAGACCCAGGGGGCAGAAAACUUCGACGCCCUAAACUGCCGCUGGCCAGAGGGCCUCCUAUACGCCUUCCCUCCAGUUCCGCUACUGUCUCGCCUCCUGUCCAAGAUUCGAACGUCGGAAUCGGAGGUCAUCCUCAUAGCGCCAGCCUGGCCGAGGCGUCCCUGGUUCUCGGAGAUUCUCAGCCAGGCAAUACAGAGUCUUCUUCUCCCAGCCAGACCAGACCUACUGACCCAGGGUCAGGUACAUCACCCAGAUCCCACCUGGCUUCAGCUUCACGCGUGGAAAUUGAGAGGGACAUGCUAACCAGCUACGGCUACUCCUCUGAGGUGAUCGAGUCCAUCCUGGCAUCGAGGCGCCCAUCCACCAUGAAGAUCUAUGAGUACACCUUCAGGGCGUUUAGGAGAUGGUGUAAGAGGAAAAAGAAGGACUUCAUUCAAGUCUCUGUUGCUACGAUACUCCAAUUUCUUCAAGACGGCUUCGGUCAGGGCCUCCGACCUAACACAAUAAAGAGACAGGUGGCAGCAAUCACUUCGAUACUGCCCCACGAACAGGCCGCUACGAUAUCACACCAUCCUCACAUUAGGAGGUUACUCAAGGGAGUUUCCAACAGGGCGCCCCCGACAAGACACCGAUUCCCGUCUUGGGACCUACACAAGAUUCUCCUAGCCCUGACGGUACAGCCAUUCGAGCCGCUGAGGGAGGCGUCUCUCAAGUUCCUCACCCUAAAGACGCUCAUCCUCACAGCGCUCACAUCGGCCCGCAGAGUAUCAGAGAUCGGGGCGCUGUCGGUGAGAAAGGAGCUCUGCAUCAUUAGACCUGAUUCCGUUGUAUUGAGGCCUGACCCGACCUUCAUCCCCAAGGUUAAUUCGAUUUUCCACUCAUCCCAGGACAUCGUCUUGCCUACCUUCUGCCCUCGACCAACCGGUGAGUUAGACAGGGCCUGGCAUACCUUGGACGUGCGCAGAGCCAUAAAAAUAUACCUCAAGAGGACUGCGACCUUCAGGAAGUCGGAAUCACUUUUUGUCUCCUUCCAACCGCGAUCCAAGGGCAAAAAGGUAUCAUCGUCGACGCUAUCAAGAUGGAUCAAGCUUUGCAUCCUCGAAUGCUACAAGGUCAUGAACCUACCCCCGCCAGACGGCAUCUUGGCACAUUCCACCAGAAGUUCAUCCACCUCGGCUGCUUUCUCCACUAACGCGCCCCUGUCAGAGAUCUGUCGAGCUGCCACCUGGAAAACUCCCUCCACGUUUGCCAGACACUACAAGCUCGACAUAUUCCAGUCAGCCGAGGCGGCCUUUGGCCGCAGGGUCCUUCAACAGGUAGUGCCCGACUCCACCAAGGCAUCAGCAGGCCCC